UCAUGCAUGGGUGACUUACAAAAUGGGGUGUUGAACUAAUAAUAGAGUACUGUGUUGCCUAUAAGAAUAUGCAAACCACAAAUUUCCUUACAACUUUUUACGCUUUAAUCAUAAUGAUGAAAAUAGUGGGGCUUAUGCUCUUGAUUGGCCUUGCAAAUGUGGCGAGUUCAGAGAGUAAUCAACCUCAGUGCAUACACAAAGAGAAAGAGGCUCUCCUCAGCUUUAAGCAAACUCUAAAUGAUCCUAACAAUGUUCUCUCCUCUUGGACCGAUAGCAGCAAAAGUCAAAACUAUUGUGCUUGGAGCAACAUCACUUGUGACAGCCAGACCAAUCAUGUCAUCGCUAUUGAUCUUUCUUAUCAAAGUCUGAACGUGAUCGGUGGCCAUAGUGAGGUUGGGUCGUCUUUGGCUGAACUGAAGCAUUUGAACCACUUGCAGCUCGUUGGCAUGAACAUUAUUCGGAUUCCAAAGUUUGUUUUCUCUUUAAAAGAGCUUACAUAUCUCGAUCUUAGCGGGAAUCCAAUCAGCGGACUUAUUCCACCACACCUUGGAAAUCUCACCAAAUUGGAGUUUCUUAAUCUUUCAAGCACUUCUAAAAUGACUGUUGAUAAUCUUGAAUGGCUCUCCCAACUCACUUCUUUGAGGACCUUUCGCCUAUCAAAUUGUCUAUUUCACAAGGUAGAUACUUCAUCUCUUUCCCAUACAAAUUAUUCCUUCAAAUUUCUUGAAUCACUUCAUCUCAUUGAAAAUUCUAUACAUCCUACAAUAAUUACUUGGUUAUUAAAUUCCAGUUUUCUUCUUCAAGAACUUUCCCUGGUAAAUAACACCAUAAAUGGUCCUUUUCCAAAUUCCUUUAAACACAUGAAAUCUCUUGAAAAUGUUGAUUUGUCAGGGACCCAAAUUGAAAGUGAAGUGCUAGAAUCCUUAGGCAACCUUACCAAAUUAAAAUCCUUGGGUUUGUCUUAUAACAAUCUUAGUGGAACAUUUCAUGAUCUUCUAGAAAACUUGGCAGGUUCCACCAAGAAUUCUUUGGAGAGAUUAGACUUGAGUUUUAACCAACUUGGUGAGUUAAAUCUUGACGACUUUGAAAUCACAUUCCCAUCUUUGAUAUAUUUAUCUCUUCGUAAUAAUCAGUUGGAAGGUUAUUUCCCUAACCGUUUAAAGAUAUUUCCCAGUCUUCAAAUAUUGAGUUUGGAUAACAACAAAAUCACAGGGCUAUUGCCUGAUCUUUCAUCAAUGCCAAAUUUGACAAACGUCACUCUAUCUAACAAUAAGUUCGUUGGUGCUUCGAGUCAAAGUAUUGGCAAGCUUGAUUAUCUUGAGGCUUUAGACAUUUCUUCCAACUCUCUUUCUGGGAAUAUCUCUGAAGUGAACCUACAGUGUCCCAGAUUAAAAGCUCUAGAUUUAUCAUAUAAUCCAGCUAUGGGAUUGAAAUUCAACUCCAAUUGGGUACCUUCAUUUCAGCUUACUUCCAUAAGAAUGAUUUCUUGCAAGUUAGGUCCCUAUUUUCCUAGUUGGCUCAAAACUCAAACACUUGUCUCCUAUCUAGACAUUUCCAGCUCUAAUAUUUCAGGCCCUGUUCCUUCUUGGUUCAUAAAUAUUACUUCCAACUUGAAUUAUUUAAAUAUGUCCUUCAAUCUACUUAAUAGCACCUUGCCAAAUUUUCUACCACCAAAAAUAACUCGUCUACCACCAUAUGGUAGAAGUGAUCCCAUUAAUCCAUAUGGUAGAAGUGAUCCCAUUAAUCGAUAUCAUGUUAUCGAUCAUGGUAAACUUAUAGUUGACUUAAGUUUCAACCAAUUCGAAGGUUCUGUCCCACGUUCUCUGUCCUCAACUGCAAAUGAAUUGUAUCUCUCCAAUAAUAACUUCACCGACUUGCGGUCUUUUCUAUGUGAUGCAGAGACUGGGUUCAGGCCAAUAUUAAUUAUUGAUCUUUCUCAUAAUAAAUUAUCUGGAAAUAUUUCUCAUUGCCGGGUUAGUUUCGACCAUUUGUGUAUUCUAAAUUUAGAAUACAAUAAGUUGUUUGGAGAGAUUCCGAGCUCAAUUCAAAUGAAUAACACUGUAACUCUACACUUAGGACACAAUAACUUCUCAGGAAGCUUGCCUUCCUCAUUGGAAAAUUGCACUUCACUUCAAGUUCUAGAUUUGUCGAGUAAUAGUUUGGAAGGACCAAUACCAUCAUGGAUUGGAGAGAAACUAAACAAGUUGGUUUUUCUUAGUUUGAAGUCAAAUAAAUUUAAUGGUAGUAUACCAUUGAAUCUUUGUCAUCUUACUCAAAUCCAAAUAUUCGAUUUAUCCUUGAAUGAUUUAUCAGGAGCCAUUCCUCAUUGCAUUAAAAAUUUCACUGCAAUGGCUCAAGGGGAUAAAUAUUUGAAUUCUACCCUUACUUCAUACGUGUAUGUGUCAUCCGAUAGAAGAGGACGUCCCAAUGCAAUGGAUGCUGCAUUGAAAUCUCGACCUUAUGUGUUGGAUGUGUCAUCAUGUCACAUUUAUGUGUUGGAUGUGUCAUCCUAUGAAUUAUGGUAUAUGAAUUAUGCAUCAGUCACUUGGAAAGGAGUAGAGUACAGAUAUGAUAAGCUGUUGGGAUUGCUGAGAAUUAUUGACUUAUCAAGUAACAAAUUGAAUGGAGAGAUUCCUGCUGAAUUGACUGAUCUUUCUCAAAUGGUUCAACUAAAUUUAUCAAGAAAUAAUUUGCGUGGGGGGAUUCCAAUAAAUAUUGGAAAACUGACUAAGCUACUAGUGCUUGAUUUGUCCCACAACAAAAUACAUGGCAAAAUUCCCAUAAGCUUGGCUGAAAUAGAUUUCUUGAGUUACAUGGAUUUGUCGGACAAUAGGCUGUCAGGAAAAAUCCCUACUGGUACUCAGCUACAAAGCUUUGAUCCUUCCGUAUAUGCAAUGAAUCUUGGGCUGUGUGGGCUUCCUCUGUCAAAGACAUGCCAACGAGAUGACAAUAAUGAAGGAGAUGAUGAUGAUGAAGAUGAUGGUGGAGAAUUAUGGAUUGACUUGCCAUGGUUUUACAUGGGAAUUGGAGUUGGAUUCGCUAUUGGAUUUUGUGGCGUUUGUGGGAACCUAUUGAUAAAUGCUUCAUGGAGAAUGUCCUAUUAUCGGAUGAUGCAUAGAUUUGGAGACUUGCUUUAUGUGAUGAUCAUUGUAAAGUGGAAUUUGUUGAAGAGAAAACUAGCUCGGCACUAACUAAGAGGACAUAAUCAACAAGCACACAUCUCUCUUUGUGAAGGCAAGGUUUUGUUGCAAGGGACAGUAACAUCAGAACACCCAAUUUGGAUGGAAUCUACAAAACGACAUCUGUCUAUCUAUCUGAUGUUCACCCAGCUGUGUUGGAUAACCAUAUAUAUAUAUAUAAGUUGUUGUUGUUUACUUUGUCAUUACUAUUUGUUUGUAGUUGUUAUUUUUGAGCCUCUCUUUGUGAGACACCAUAUUACUAUUGUUUCUCUAUUUUAGUUUAUGAAUAUAUAUAUUCAAAUUUCUGUGUUUGUUCUA